UGUUUGACUAUCCCAAACCAAACCUGUCAUUUUCGAAACCUCCAACUCCCCAUUCCCAAAUAACUCGCCCGCCAUCACGGACCGGAGCUCCGGAGCUCACCCCGCCCGCCGUACUCUCUCUCUCUCUCUCUCUCACCAGUCACCAUUACACGAAACCCUAACCGUCACGUGUUCCGGAAAUACCUCCGUCCAGUUACGCAUCAUCGUUGUCUGUUCCUCAGCUACUCUCCCAAUCACACCUGCUCUCAGGAAUCCUGUCCUUCCAUUUCAGCCGCACAUUGUUGUGCAAAGCUGCUUUUAUAGAAGGCCUUGAAUAGAUACCAAUUUCUAUAUCUGUAUUUGUAUUUGUAUUUGUUGGUGUAUGCAUUUAUAGUUGCUUAUAGGGUUGUUGGUGACAAGGAUGGGGGCGAUGACGUCGUCGGUGGCGGCACGGUUCGCGUUUUUUCCGCCGAAUCCGCCGUCUUAUGAGGUGGUGGUGGAAGGAUCCGCCGCGAAAUUGAAGAUGACGGAGGUGGAGGAGAGGGAGAACGUGGAUGUGCUGAAGCUGGCUACCAAGAGAGGGACGGAAAUUGUGGCGGUUUACGUCAGGAAUCCGGCGGCGAAGCUAACUCUGCUAUACUCCCACGGCAACGCGGCUGAUCUGGGUCAGAUGUACGAGCUGUUCUGUGAAUUAAGUCGUCAUCUCCGCGUCAAUCUGAUGGGGUAUGAUUAUUCAGGGUAUGGACAGUCCUCCGGCAAGCCAAGUGAGGAGAACACUUAUGCUGACAUAGAAGCUGCAUAUAGAUGUCUUGAAGAGACAUAUGGUGUGAAAGAAGAAGAUAUAAUAUUAUAUGGGCAGUCUGUUGGCAGUGGACCAACUAUAGAUUUGGCAUCUCGCUCACCAAGGUUAAGGGCGGUUGUUUUGCACAGUCCAAUAAUGUCUGGGCUGAGAGUAAUGUAUCAUGUGAAGCGGACAUAUUGGUUUGACAUAUAUAAGAAUAUUGACAAGAUACCUUUAGUUGAAUGCCCUGUUCUAAUUAUACAUGGAACUGCUGAUGAUGUUGUGGACUGCUCCCAUGGAAAGCAGCUUUGGGAACUUUGUAAACAGAAAUAUGAACCACUAUGGGUUAAGGGUGGUAAUCACUGUGAUUUGGAGCUCUACCCUGAAUACAUUAAACAUCUAAAGAAAUUUGUCUCAGCUAUGGAGAAAUCAUCACAUUUAAAAGAUGUAUUAGUACCAUGUAUUGAAAUUAUAGACAAUCCUCGAAACAGCACUGAUUGUAGACCCGGGCAAAGCAGUAGUCAGGCAACGAAUUCUAGGCCAAGUACAGAGAAGAGGGAGAAGCCUAAAAGAAGCAUAGAUUGCAGAGAAAAAUCAAGAGCUAGUGUUGAUAGGAGAGAUAAAACACGCAAGAGUGUAGAUCACGCGGAAAAGACAAAUAACAACACAGAACCAUCAGAGAAAGCAAGGAACAGCAUAGACCGCUUCGGUGGAAUGAUGAGAUCAGCUGUAUUGUGCCAUAUUGACUGCUUCAAACCGGUGGGAGCAAAGGUCUCAGGAUAGAGGAAAAGGAUUUUACCUGGUUUUUCGCCCCCAUAAAAGCCGCCUCCCAAAGGGGAGCAGGAUUGUGCGCAAUGCUCAAGUUGCCUGAAGCUGGUUGAAGAUGUUAUGAAUUUUGAAAUUGUUCAUCGCAUUGUAUUCUGCAUUUGAAUUGGGUGGUCGUCCUCCUGUACCCUUUUGUGUUGAAUCACUGGAUCUUCAGCAAAUGAACAUUGAUUGUUAUUUAUGUGGAUUUUACGUUUCGCUUA